AUGGGCUACCUCACGGAGUUCAACCAACUCUAUGAGGAGCUCCAGGGAAAGGGAGUGGAGGUGUACGCCAUCACUGCACAGACACAGGAUCUCGUUGACCAGCUGAGGAGAGAUCUCAACCUGCAGUUCGAGUGUUUCUCAGACCCCACCCACAUUCUGAGGAACUAUCUGGCAGAACAGGAUCUCAUCGACAUACGAAUCUCCGGUGUUGAGACCCCUACCGAAGGAAAGUUUUACAAAGUCUACUCAAACUACAGAAACUAUUCUCACGGAUAUGCCCAGCCUGGCGUGCUGUGUAUGACGCCAGAUCGAACGGUUCAGUAUUCCUGGGCCAUCGAGCCAAGCACGAUGAACCUCGGUGGGGCGUCUGAUCGCCCUGUACCGGCCGACAUCUGGAGCAUCGUCCAGCUCAAGAUGACCGGCAAAGCCAGCGAACAGGAGAUAGAACAAGCUUACAGCCGAGUCCGUCGCCGUGGCAACUGCUCUAUCUGCACCAUCUUGUAACUAUGGCAAUGACCUCUAAGGACAAUAUUUUUACUCUACGUGUGUUUCUUUUUCUGUAUGAUGAUGUCUGUAAAUAAAUAUUGCUGUUUGUGUGUGCAUUGCUAUAUGACGAGGGUGCUUCUAAAUCAACAAGUAUAUAGUUGAAGAACACCCUCUGAUGUUUUAUAAUGCCCACAAACAAAACAUUAAAAUUUUAUAUAUACGCGCAAAAGUAUGCGGAGAG